AUGGACGACCCGAACAGAAUGAUGGCGCAUAGCGGAGGCCUCAUGGGACCGCAGGGAUACGGACUGCCCGGCGGCGAAGGCACGCCCGCAGCUGGUGAAAAUGAAGCUCGAAAACAAGAUAUUGGCGAGAUCUUGCAGCAAAUAAUGAACAUUACGGAUCAAAGUCUUGACGAAGCGCAGGCGAGAAAACAUACGCUGAACUGUCACAGAAUGAAGCCUGCCUUAUUUUCUGUAUUGUGUGAAAUCAAAGAGAAAACGGUUCUAUCACUCCGCAACACUCAAGAGGAGGAGCCUCCAGAUCCUCAGUUGAUGAGGCUGGACAACAUGUUGAUAGCCGAGGGUGUAGCUGGCCCAGAGAAGGGUGGUGGAGCAGGCGCUGCCGCCUCUGCCUCUGCUGCUGCUGGAGAAUGGGAUAACGCGAUCGAGCAUUCGGACUACCGUGCGAAGCUGGCCCAGAUCAGGCAGAUCUACCACCAGGAGUUGGACAAGUACGAGAACGCCUGCAACGAGUUCACCACGCACGUUAUGAACCUCUUGAGGGAGCAGAGCCGUACCCGUCCCAUUACACCCAAGGAAAUCGAGCGCAUGGUGCAGAUUAUUCACAAGAAGUUCAGCUCCAUUCAGAUGCAGCUGAAACAGUCAACCUGUGAAGCGGUUAUGAUCCUACGCUCACGUUUCCUGGACGCGCGCCGAAAGCGCCGCAACUUCAGCAAGCAAGCCUCGGAGAUACUUAACGAGUACUUCUACUCGCACCUAUCGAACCCGUAUCCCAGUGAGGAGGCUAAGGAGGAGCUGGCCCGCAAGUGCGGCAUCACCGUCUCCCAGGUGUCGAAUUGGUUCGGCAAUAAGCGUAUUCGCUACAAGAAGAACAUCGGCAAAGCGCAGGAGGAGGCUAAUCUCUAUGCAGCGAAGAAAGCUGCUGCUGGUGCCUCUCCAUACUCCAUGGGUGCAGCUUCGGGCACAGCCACACCUAUGAUGUCGCCCGCCCCAACUCAGGACUCGAUGGGCUACUCGCUACCAGCGCCGCCCUACGAUCAGCCGCAGCCGCCCUAUGACGGCUCCAUGGGCUACGAUCCGAUGCACCAGGAUUUGUCACCAUAG